AUGUCCGUGGUGUACUCCAACUCCAUCAACUCCUCCUUCAUAUCCACCGUUGACCACCUCCCGGCCGACGUCGUGCGAUCGCUCUGGCUUCUCCAGUCCAUCAACAUAACUAUCGACAAACACAAAGCUGCCGUCCACCGUAUCUUUCUCGACCACUCCGAAAUCACCCCAGAGUUGAGAUCACAAUGUUUUCAAUUGAACCAACAGAUCAACCGCUUAAACCUUGAGAGCGUCCAGGAAUCACGGGCAUUGUACAACCAGCUUGUUGCCCACAAGCUCUCGUUGUGGGAAGAAAUUAACCAUUUGACCACAAUGCAGCAUAAACUUCAAAACACCCAUCAAAACAAAAUGGCAAACAAAGAACUUCGAGAGAAACUCAACGAGCACUACAAAAACCGGCCUUUGAUCUCCCUGAGCGAGGCCUUGAAAGAGCACAAACUCUUGCAUCAGUCAGUGGAGAAGAAACCUCCACUGUUGAAGCUCUUCUUAAAGAUUCCCAAAGGUUUAUCUAAGGCAUCUGGGCAAUCAACUAGGCCCUCAAGACAACGAGCGAUCGCCAGUACCACUCCACACCACCGCCCUGUGCCAGGGCCCGAGCUAGUGCCACCGCCGUCGCCUUCCUCAACCCUCACCUGGUCCCAACAGUUUGAGCCUACAGAACGCUACUGCUUCUGUAAACAAGGGUCAUUUGGUGACAUGAUUGGCUGUGAUAACGAAGACGCUUGCCCCAACGGCGACUGGUUCCACUACAAGUGUGUCGGGUUGAACAACCGGGUGGAGGCCCUUAAAUACACGGUGGGAAAACAGAAGUGGUUUUGUUCGGAAUUUUGUCGACUGGCGUACAACGAGAAAAUCCAGACAAAGCGAAAGAAGAAAAAGAGAUCCAAAGGGUGGUGA